CGGGCGGAGGGGGGGCCUGCGGGGCGGGCUGCGCGUGCGCGCUGGGCGGGGCCGUGCGGCUCCGUGCGCUCCCCAGGUCGCUGGGCCCGGUGGCCGCGGUCUCUGAGCAGGGAAGGGCCUCUGGAGAAGCCUGGAAAGCCGCGAACAGUGAACAGAAUGAAUCCCUCACUGGACCAGAGUGGCUGCUGCAGUAAUAGAGAGCCCCUUCUGAGAUGUAGCGAUGCACGGAGGGACUUGGAGCUCGCUAUUGGUGGAGUUCUCCAGGCUGAGCAGCAGAUUAAAGAUAACUUGCGAGAGGUAAAAGCCCAGAUUCACAGUUGCAUAAGCCGUCACCUGGAAUGCCUUCGAAGCCGUGAGGUCUGGCUGUAUGAACAGGUAGAUCUCAUCUAUCAGCUGAAAGAGGAGACUCUUCAGCAGCAGGCCCAGCAGCUCUACUGGUUACUGGGCCAGUUCAAUUGUCUUAUUCACCAGCUGGAGUGCACCCAAAGCAAAGAUCUAGCGAAUCAAGUAUCUGUGUGCCUGGAGAGACUGAGCAGUUUAACCCUGAAGCCUGAAGACCCGUCUCUCCUGCUAUUUGAAGCAGAUACAACAGCUCUGCGGCAGAAGAUCACCACGUUUGGGUCCCUCAAAACCAUGCAAAUUCCUGAGCACCUGAUGGCUCAUACCAGUUCAUCAAAUAUUGGGCCUCCUCUGGAGAAAAGAGGCUGUUUCCCAAUACCAGAGCAGCAGAAGUCAGCACCCAGCACCACAGCCAGCCCUCUCAGCGGAUGGCUUCUUGGAAGCAAACCUGCCGGCAGUCGUCAGGCUCCUUACACGCUGAGCACCAGCCCCCAGGACUGGCUCAUCCAGCAGCAGACCUUGGAGAAUAGUAGUCAGACUUCUGCUGGAGCCUGCAGUGUCUUCACUACCAUCUGGGGCAACCAAAAGGGCUUAGAAAACUGGCUCCUCAAGAGUCAGCAACAAGAUGCUCCUGAAAAACCAAGUUACCAGAAGAGCCAUUCUUCUACCAAUUCCUUCUCCAUUGAUGUAGAAAAGGUCGGUGAUCUAGAGCUUCUUAGUCAAGAUGAAAUGGAUCUUUCUGAUUGGCUGGUAACUCCCCAGGAGCCCAGCAAGGUAGAAAAACCUGAGAAUGGCAGCUGCGAAACCAGUGAUAAGUUUAAGCUCUUGUUCCAGGCAUUCCAGGAGUCCUACAGUGUGAACGAUUGGCUUGUCAAGCCCGACUCCUGUACCAACUGUCAGGGUAACCAACCCAGAGGUGUGGAGAUUGAGAAUCUGGGCAAUCUGAAGUGCCUGAAUGACCAUUCGGAGGUCAAGAAACCAUUGUCUAGCCCUAGCCUGGUUACUGAGGAUUGGCUUGUCCAGAACCAUCAGAACCAAUACAAGGUAGAGGAGGUAUGCAAAGCCAAUGAGCCCUGCACAAGCUUUGCAGAGUGUGUGUGUGAAGAGAAUUGCAAGAAGGAAGCUCUGUCUAAAUGGCUUCUGAAGAAAGAAGGGAAAGAUAAAAAUGGGAUGCCUAUGGAACCCAAGCCUGAGCUUGAAAAGCAUAAAGAGUCCUUGAAUAUAUGGCUCUGCCCUUCCAGAAAAGAUGCAUCAGAACAAGCAGAGACACCAAACACAAUGAUUCCUUCUAGCACUGUUGAUCCCUUUCAUGUCAUACGAAACAGCCCUUUGUCACAGUGGCUCAACAGGCCCUCCUGUAAAGAAGAAGGUCCUAAGGAAGUGCCUAGUACUGAGGAUACAGCUGGCACACAGAAGCUUAAAAGCCCUGUGACCACUUCCUGGUGUCCCUUUAACACAGCUGACUGGGUCUUACCAGGAAAGAAGAUGGGAAGUCUCAGCCAGUUGCCCUCUGGGGAAGACAAGUGGCUACUCAGAAAGAAGGCCCAGGAAGUAUUACUGAACUCACCAAUGCAAGAGGAGCGUAACUGCAACUUCCCCCCGGACCGUUAUGGCCUCCCCGCAGUUUGUGAUCUCUUUGCCUGUAUGCAGCUUAAAGUUGAUAAAGAGAAGUGGUUGUAUCGAACUCCUCUGCAGAUGUGAACAGACUGCUGGAGCAGCUUUUCUGCAGAUGAUCACACAUCCACGAACUGAGUGACUGUGGCUUGCCAAACUAUUGUCUCUGAUCUUACCAGUCAGCUUAGUUUCUUUCCUUCCUAAUUCUGAACUAGUGAAGAGUUAAGUCAUCAAAUUAUGUUACUGCGUGAAGAGGAAAGGCCGUCUGAUGCUGAGGUGCAAUUCCUUCUACCGAAGUGUUAACUUCACCCCAUGCUAGAAAUGCAGCAUCUUGGUGGACUGGUCCUUUUCACAAGCGCCCACAGCUCCAUAGAUUGGGUUCUUACUAGAGGUACAUUAAAACACUGUAGUAGUUUUAAAAAUGAAGUUUCCCUGUAAUCCAAGUGCUGAUGUAUUUUAAAGCUAGUAAAUUUCUCUAAUCUUUUGAUUGCCCUUCAGAUGCUGUGGGUUUUCUUCUAUUGGUGAUUUGAAAUAAUGAUUAUUCUGUUCACUAUAUAUAUAUAUAUAGAGAGAGUAUAUUUCACACAAUAUUACCAAUAGUGAUUUUCUUCUCUUACCAAGAUUUGUUUUUAACCUUGGCACUUUUUUAACAAUUCCCAUUUUAACCUAUCUCAUUAAAUUCCUUCAUUUCAGAGAAA